GACGAGGGGUACGAUCUUCUGGCCAAUGAAAACGCGGAUGGUGAAGGGAAAACCGGCGAAGACGAGGCUGGACAAGAUGCAGACGCAAACGGCGUGAAUGGCAUGGACCAUGAGCAAGAUGGGAUGAAUGGAGACGGAACACAGCAGGAAUCCGGCCCCCAUGCUCCUGCUGGCAUCCAGGGCGAGCGACAGCCCAACAAAGUCCGAGUCACGACGCCGUAUCUCACCAAAUAUGAACGCGCUCGCAUCCUUGGCACUCGUGCCCUACAGAUAAGUAUGAAUGCCCCUGUUCUGGUUCCCUUGGAUGGGGAGACGGAUGCUCUCCAGAUUGCCAUCAAGGAGUUGUCACAGCGGAAAAUUCCGCUGAUCAUCCGACGAUUUCUACCGGAUGGCAGCUUCGAGGAUUGGAGCGUCUCUGAACUCAUCACCGAGUGA